GAUGAGCCACAGGAAGGGAAACUAGUCCGCUAAGGUUUACGUUGAGAACUCGACGUUUUUGUGAAUGCUUUCUGGGGUUAGAAGAUAAUGUAAUCUUAUUUGCUCCAGGACUACGGGCUGGUUUUAUAUGGAUUUCCAGAAAGCAGGGUAUUUCUGAGCGGAAUCACACAGGUAACGUAGAAAAUGCCGUUACACGGAAAAAUUGUCGUGAUUAAGAGAAGUGGGGUGGACGGGACUGAAUUUCCUCUCACUGCAUCAUGUUUGUUUGGAAGAAAACCGGAUUGUGAUAUCCGUAUCCAGCUUCCACAAGUCUCCAAGGAACAUUGCAGAAUUGACUUAAAUGAAAAUAAAGAGGUUAUUUUGACCAAUCUGAGCACAGCCAACCCGACACGUGUCAAUGGAGAAGUUCUGGCUCAGUCUGAACGCUUGAAACACGGAGAUACUAUAACUAUUGUUGACCGUUCUUUCAGGUUUGAGUAUCCACCUGCACCUACACCUAAGAAGAGGUCUUCAUCUGGAGGGAAGACAGAGACUCUCAAAGUUCGUCAGGACCAGCAAGUGGCAGUGGCUGUUUGUCCCGGGACCGGAGAGAAAAGGACUUCAGAAGUGACAACAGGUUCUCAUUUGAAAGAUGGAGCUCACCACGACAACAUCCAGCGAUCUCUGGAGAAAACUUUGGAGAUGGAGUCCACGGAAGCAAGUCAGGAGCAAACCAAAAACGACUCUCCAUUCAGCGAUCUGUAUCACAUGAUCAAGAAAUCGCUGGAAAUCAAGACUCCCUGCAAAUCAUCUGCCAGUCAGGCUCAGACGCCGUCCUCAAAGUUCUGCACCCCAAAUCCGGCUUCAGUCAGGAAGAGCACAAAUAAACCGGCAACUCCCACCCCCGAAAAUGAUCAGCCUAAAGGCAGCGAGACCCCGCAGACUGCUAAGAAGCAGGCGAAGACCAUCCGGGUUCCUGCUGGUGAUGAGCCGAGAAUGGAGGAGCCCAACGCCAGUUCUGAAGGGCCUUCCCAAAAGAGAAGAAGCAGUGGGACAUCCCAGAAGUUCACAGCGAUGGAGAUUAUUGAGCAAAUAUCUGGGCAAACACUUAAAUCCCCAGCUGGACGAAGAAGUAAGGAAGCAACACCGACCGGAGCUGAAGCAUCCAAGCCCCAAGCGAAGCAGAACAUGAAGUCUCCCAAAGCAAAGUCUCCUGGAAGAGCAUCACCCGGCAACUCGGGGACGACUGAGACAGUAAAAGCGGCACCCAAAAAACGCAAAAGUGGUGAGCUCAGGAAAGACCAGCUCUCUCCACAGAAGAAGAAACGCGUCUCCUUUGGAGGCCAGCUGAGCCCAGAGUUAUUCGACAAACGACUGCCUCCUAACUCCCCCUUACGCAAGGGAGCUACUCCGAGGAGAAGUCUGAUGGUGUUUAGACCCAAAUCCACCCUCCUUAGGAGAGCUUCUGUCAUCGGUUUGAUAAAGGAGCAAAGUCCUGCUAAAGCAAGAACCCCAUCACCCAAGAAACCCAAAGCUGGAAAGAGUGCCUCCCCCAAAGCAGCUUCUCCUGCUCAAAAGUCUCCAAAAUCCAGAUCUGCUUCCCCCAAAGCAGCUUCCCCAGCACAAAAGUCUCCAAAAUCCAAGUCUGUUUUACCCAAAUCACCAACUUCUGCUCAGAAGUCGCCAAAAUCCAGAUCUGCUUCCCCUAAAGCAGCUUCCCCAGCACAAAAGUCUCCAAAAUCCAAGUCUGUUUUACCCAAAUCACCAACUUCUGCUCAGAAGUCGCCAAAAUCCAGAUCUGCUUCCCCUAAAGCAGCUUCUCCUGCUCAAAAGUCUCCAAAAUCCAGGUCUGCUUCUCCCAAAUCAGCUUCUCCUGCUCAAAAGUCUCCAAAAUCCAGAUCUGCUUCCCCCAAAGCAGCUUCCCCAGCACAAAAGUCUCCAAAAUCCAAGUCUGUUUUACCCAAAUCACCAACUUCUGCUCAGAAGUCUCCAAAAUCCAGGUCUGCUUCCCCUAAAGCAGCUUCUCCUGCUCAAAAGUCUCCAAAAUCCAGAUCUGCUUCUCCCAAAGCAGCUUCUCCUGCUCAAAAGUCUCCAAAAUCCAGGUCUGCUUCCCCUAAAGCAGCUUCUCCUGCUCAAAAGUCUCCAAAAUCCAGGUCUGCUUCCCCUAAAGCCAAAUCUAUGGGUGGUGCAUCACCUAAAACUCCCUUGAAUUCAGGAGUCCAGACCCAAACACUGCAAGGACGCUUCUCAGUGUCCCGCAUCAGCACCCCGUCUCCCACUGCAGAAGCCAAGCCUGUUAAGGAGCCUUUAGUCACCCCCAAAAUCCCCAUAAAGAGGAAGAGCAUGAAGAGCAGCGCACAAAAAACCCCACGUUCUGCCAAAAGUGCCGCAAAGAUGCUGCAGAGACGAAGCGGGGCGUCCCGCAUCUCUAUGAAAGCAUUAAGUUCCUGGGCAGGAAUAGUGAAAUUUGGUAAAACUAAACCUCAAGUUUUCGUUCCAUCUAAAAAAAAGACUCCUCAAAAGACCAAGAAGAAAGCUGCAAAGUGCAAACCGCAGACCCCUGCCAGGGUACCGAAGGGCCACGUGAGCACCGGACACGCCGAUUCCCCGGCUACCAUUGUUGUGGGCAGAGCUCACAAAAAACAUGUUGUGGUUGGAGCUGCGCCCAGAGUGGUCACCAACACCGUCCUCAUCAAGAAACGGAUGAAAAUGGACGAGGACUUGACCGGUAUUUCUGAAAUGUUUCAAACCCCUGUUGCUGAGAAGAAACGUCGAUCUCUGACCAAUGACCCGGAGGUUGUGAAGACACCGGGGGGCAGCCUGAGUGCAUCUGUGAUGAGCACACCUGAGGAGUCAGGUGAGAUGAUUGUGUCUCCUCUCAGUGUCGCGUCUGCCAUCAAGAACAGGCGGUACAACAGCGAGGCUGUUCAGCGUCUCCUGGAUGGAGAAGAGUCCAGUUUUGCUGCCGACGACCUCACUGUGAACACAGAGUCCACAAAUCAGAACAAAGACGGGAAGACGGCUGCUGCCAUAACUCCCAAACAGAACGCCCCAAAACCAGAAGGUCUCACCGGGGUCAAGAGGAUCGUGAAGACUCCGAAACAGAAAACGGAGCCUCUCGAAGACCUCCGAGGCAAGAUUCUGAAAACCCCCAAACAGAAACCGGAGCAACGGGAGUGCCUGACUGGAGUGAAGAGGAUCAUGAAGACCCCGAAACACAAAGCGGAGCCCCUCGAAGACCUCCGAGGCAAGAUUCUGAAAACUCCUAAGCAGAAAACGGAACAGCAGGAGUGUCUGACCGGAGUGAAAAGGAUCAUGAAGACCCCAAAACACAAAGCAGAACCUCUAGAGGACCUCAGAGGAAACCUCCUGAAAACCCCCAAACAGAAACCGGAACAGCAGGAGUGUCUGACCGGCGUUAGGAGAAUCUUUAAGACUCCGCAGCAAGAAGCUGAACCCGUUGAAGAUCUCAGAGAGAAACUCUCGAAGACCCCAAAAGACAUGGAGAUGCUUGAUGUGAGUUUGGACGGAGUUGAAGAACUCCUCAAGACGCCUGCUAAUGAUGAGGCCAAAAAUCCCCAAACAAUGAGCGCACAGAGCUCCUCCCCUGCCAAGAAAACACCGAGGCAGAAAAGUUCUCCCGUCCAAGAUCUGGUUGGUUUGAAGAGGCCCGUGCGUACCCCCAAACAGAAGGGGGAACCUGUGGAGGACAACUUCGGGAUCAAGAGGCUGAUGAAAUCGCCAAGGAUGAGAGGAAAUCCUCCAGUGGAAGACUUUGAGGGACUUCAGGAGCUCAUGGAGGAGCCACAGACGGAUCUGCCGACAGACGAGCAGGAUGAAGGGUCCAUGGAGUGUGCUGCUCUAACAACAGAGCCUGAAGGAGUCGACGACGGGAACAGCUCAGAGAGGCUGAAUGAAAGCUGUAGCCAUGAGCCUGCAGAGGCUCAGGGAGAUUCUCUCCCUUUUGUAGAUGCUGAAGCUUCACAACAGCCCGAUGCAGACAAGGUCGACGAGAUCAACGCUGACAAAGUCCCUAAGGUGGAUCCUUUGGAGCAAAACAAAAAGGCUAAUCGAGGCAGACGUACAAAAGCAGUGGAGUCUGAAGACGUUGGGGACAGAAAUGAGGCGCCCGAACCUCCUGAAGAACCUGCUCCCGUCCUCCCAGUGAGAGGGAGAAGAGGGAAGAAAACUGAGGCCACAGCAUCAUCUGCUGUCAGACCCACGAGGGGCAGAAAUGCAAAGAUCUCAGGGGAAGAGAGCGCUCCUCAGGUUUCCAAAGCUGCCAACAGACGGGAAACGGGAAGAAAUGCAAAACAUGAAGAGAAAGGAGAGCAGGUCACAGAGGACACGGUCACUGCAGAGAACCAAGAGCUUGAGCAUCAGGGAACGUCAGCAAUGAUCAGCAGAGCAAAGAGAGCAAAGGGAGUCCAAAAUGAGGCUCCAGUCAGGGCUAAGAGAGGAAGAAACGCCAAACACGAGGACGAAGAAGUCGACAGAGUUUCACAAGAUGUAACCGACUGCCAGCAGGCUUCUGUUGAGGAAAAGACAAACAAGUCUGAGGAAAUUGUUGCUCUACACCAGGAAGAACCUGCUGCUGUUGAAGCUCUGACAACAAAACCAAGGAGAGGAGGGCGAAAAGCAAAACAAGACGCUCCUGCAGCUUCUACUGAAGUACAAGAGCCUCUUCGUGUCCCCACAGAGAAACCUGUGAGAGGAAGAAGAGGGAAGCCGGUCCCAGAGGACGCCGUCACUGCUGAGAACCAAGAGCUGGAGCCUGAACAUCAGGAAACAGAAGAAAGAAUCGGUAAACCCAGCAGAGCUGUGGCUCCAGGCAGAGCUAAAAGAGGAAGAAACGCCAAACAUGAGGACGAAGAAGUCGACAAAGUUUUACAAGAUGUAACCAACUUCCAGCAGGCUUCUGUUGAGGAACUAACAAACAAGUCUGAGGAAAUUAAUGCUCCACACCAGGAAGAACCUGCUGCUGUUGAUACACAGCCUCCAAAACCAAGGAGAGGAGGCAGAAAAGCAAAACAAGACGCUCCUGCAGCUUCUACUGAAGUACAAGAACCUCUCUGUGUCUCCACAGAGAAACCUGUGAGAGGAAGAAGAGGGAGACAGGUCCCAGGGGACACGGUCACUGCUGAGAGCCAAAACCUGGAGCCUGAACAUCAGGAAACGACGGAAAAAGUCGGCAGAGCGAAGAGAACAAAAGUAGUCCAAAAUGAGGUUCCAGUCAGAGCUAAGAGAGGAAGAAACGCCAAACAUGAGGAGAAAGAAGUCGACAAGGUUUCACAAGAUGUAACCAACUCCCAGCAGGCUUCUGUGGAGGAGAGACCAAAGGAAAUUGUUGUCCCACAACAGGAAGAACCUGCAAAACCAAGGAGAGGAGGACGAAAAGCAAAACAAGACGCUGAAAGUGUGGCUGCUGCACCUUCUACUGAAGUACAAGAGCCUCUCCGUGUCUCCACAGACAAACCUGUGAGAGGAAGAAGAGGGAAACGGGUCCCAGAGGACGCCGUCACUGCUGAGAGCCUAGAGCUGGAGCCUGAACAUCAGGAAACCACUGAAAAAGUCUGCAAAUCCAGCAGAACAAAGAGAGAAAAGGCGGCCCAAAAUGAGGUAGCAAAAGCCACCCCAGUUAAGAGAGCUCAGCGAGGAGCAGCUCCAGCAGGUGAGACAGCGGAACAACUCACUCUGUCUGUACCAGAACCGGCUCCAGGUGUCGCUGCCCCAAAAGCAAAGAGAGGAAGACGGGUGGCAGCAAAGCAAUCACCUGAAGAGGUGAGCAGUGAGCAGACGAGCCCUGCUGAAGAAGAAGGCAAGCCUGUGGUGGAGGAAUCAAAGAAGCCAUCGCGGUUUGUCUCGUGGAAAGCAGAUCUGGAGAUCUGUGAUAUUCCAAAAGCACUUCCUGUAAAGGCUGCUCGUGGUAGGAAGUCAAAACUCAACGCUCACAAUGAAAACAAAAAUGUCUCUGAUGCCGACGCGGCCAAAGGGGAGGAGCUCUCAGGGGACGCUGUCCAAACUGUGCCCGCCAAGAGAAGCAGGCGAGGAGUUCAUGGCGGCGAUGUGGCGGCGGCUUCCACAAGCAAGAGUGGUCUUAAAGAAAAUGAACCUCAGCCAAAAACCCGACGAGGAAGAGCAGCUAAGAAAUAACUGUCUUUGUUAGUGACAGUUAUUAUUCUCCCGUUUUUGUAAUUGCAAAGUAUUGUAGAAUGUAGUUUUGGUGACUGAAAACAAAGCACUGCUUUAUUUGCCCGUUCAGCAGGGACUUGUUUUUAAUUCUUUUAUCUUUUUUGUUUUUCUAUCCUUUUUAUGUCUGAGGGGAAAAAAUAUUUUACUGUUGAGCAGGGAGAGGGGUCUAAUAAAUUUUUGUACUUGAUUGGAA